AUGGUGCGUGUGGGCGGGGGAUGGGACACAUUAGAACACUAUCUGGACAAGCAUGAUCCCUGCCGCUGUGCUGCCUUUGGUGAGGUCACCUCUUCCCAAACAACCAGCCCUUUACACUUUAUAGUCACUGAGUUGUAUUUUAUUGUAUGAUAUUGUACUCUAUUGCAUCUCAUUCUCAGUCUGUAUGAUGCUCACAAUUGGUUUACAAUUGUAUCCAUUUGAGCAGGUUAUCUGAUAUAACUCAGGUCAGGAGUUGUACACAAGCUUACACUAUAAGGUUUAUGCAACCUUGGGAUUACGAGAUCGGUUCCUUUGACACAACUACAGUACAUUCACACAGUCUUCAUAGUGCUACCAUAGUACUACCAUAGUGUUACCAUAGUGUUACCAUAGUGCUACUAUAGUGUUACCAUAGUGCUACCAUGGUGCUAACAUAGUGUUACCAUAGUGUUACCAUAGUGCUACCAUGGUGCUAACAUAGUGUUACCAUAGUGCUACUAUAGUGUUACCAUGGUGCUACCAUAGUGUUACCAUAGUGCUACUAUAGUGUUACCAUGGUGCUACCAUAGUGUUACCAUAGUGCUACUAUAGUGUUACCAUGGUGCUAACAUAGUGUUAUCAUAGUGCUACUAUAGUGUUACCAUAGUGCUACCAUGGUGCUACUAUAGUGUUACCAUAGUGCUUCCAUAGUGCUACCAUGGUGCUAACAUAGUGUUACCAUAGUGUUACCCUAGUGUUACCAUAGUGUUACCAUAGUGCUACUAUAGUGUUACCAUAGUGCUACCAUGGUGCUAACAUAGUGUUACCAUAGUGUUACCAUGGUGCUAACAUAGUGUUACCAUAGUGUUACCAUAGUGCUACUAUAGUGCUACCAUGGUGCUAACAUAGUGUUACCCUAGUGCUACCCUAGUGUUACCAUAGUGCUACCUUAUUCAGGAUCAUGUCAAUGGCCUUUCAUACAACACUACACCUUACUCAUAAAGUACAGGAGAUUGAUGGCACCUUAAUUGGGGAGGACGGGCUCGUAGUAAUGGCUGGAGCGGUAUCAGUGGAAUGGUAUCAAAUACAUCAAACACAUGGUUUGAUACCAUUCCAUUCGCUCCGUUCCAGCCAUCAUUAUGAGCCGUCCUCCCCUCAGCAGCCUCCACUGUCAUAAAGCCCUCAUCACGCCCUCAUAAACAUGACCUGAUGGCUGCCAUAACCAUUCAUAUCAGUUCAUGUUUAACCUUCCAUGAUAGCGUGAUAGGCAGGCAGUAGUGGAAUAAUACCUGGUGUCAAGGCUUUAAACCAUGUGGAUAGAAGAGCUCUUCCUUCUCCAUGAGUUAACACUGCCAGACUGAUGAUGUCAGUGGCCUUGUGUCUGCACAGCUGACUGAGGCUGAAGUAAUGCUUGGUGUUGCAUUUCUAACCCAUGAUCUCCUCAACUUCAUAAAUAUGACAUGUUUUUACAGGUCUACAGGUUAUGAACUGUAGGUCUACUCCAAAGUCAAGAUCAUCAUGCCUUACAUUAUUCAUCUGAUUCCUCAGUUGCUUCAUCUCCUGCACCAGUUGUGAAGGAUUCAUGCUAUGUAUGCUAUGUUGAUCCCUGGAUCCAACCCUCAAUCUAUUCUAUUCUAUGUCUGUCUGAUGCUGGAGUAAUCUGCACAGUUGUUCUUAUUAUCCAUGGUAUGGAACCUAAGCCUCUACUAAUAUUGUGGUAUUGUGUCUGUUCUUGUUCCUUGCAGCUCACCGGUAUCACCAGGCCAAAGCCAGCGGGCAGGGUUCCCACAGCAAGUCCUCUAGCGCCCACUCCUCCCGCUCCACCAGCCCAGGCCCACACUGGCGUAAUGAGGGCAUUGCCCCCUAUAAGCCGCCUGACAGACGCUCCCAGGGCUUGGAGCCUCAGUGUGCCCCCUGUGCCCCCUCCUCCACCCGGCCUGGCCGCUCCCACCACCCCUCCCUCCCCACGGAGCUCGACUCCAACACAGGACGCACCCCCCUACUACCACGACCACCGCGGGACCGCACAGAACCACGACACUUCAACCCUCUCAGGUGAGUUGUGUUGUGGUGUGGUGUGUUGUGUUGUGUUGUGUUGUGGUGUGUUGUGUUGUGCUAAUGACACUUCAUCGUCUUUGUCUGCAUCACCAGCACUGAUCCACUUUUCACCGCCCACCCGCCCACACACCAACCCACAAACACAAAACUGGGAGGCGUCAAAUUACACAAGGCAGAUUUUCCUAAUCUAAGGUGACAUUGCGCUGACACAGUCCUGCCCUCCCAGCCAUACCACUCUGCCUCCUGGUGGCCAGACUGGGCACACACCUUGAUUGCUGCCGUCACCUCCCCCUCUCCCUCCCUCUCGACCCCUCUUCUCCCUCCUUUCCUAUGGCUCCAUUAAUUACAGCCAGAGCUGAUGGAUAGAAUUAGGGUGCCUGUUGAUUGUACUGGAGGAAAAACACAUCUCCCUUUUUCUGCUGAUGUCUCUGACUGAAGUGGCACGACAGUCAGAGUAUUGGUAUUUUAUUGCCUAUAAAACUAUUUUCUGGUCAGUAAAGAGAGUGAAAUCCCUCAGCUCUCCACAUAAUGUCCGUUGAGUGUUGUUGGUCUUACAUACCUCCCUCAUACGUCAGUGUGUGCAGAUGCCAUUGUUCAAUACAAUGAAGGCCUAUGGGCUCGUUUAAUUUGGCUCACGGCCAAUGAGUGGCUGAGUAUCCGGAGUGAGUGAUGGUUCAGGCCAGGCGUCACGGCAACAGGCCUUGGUACAGGUUAACCCCUUCAGGAUCAGCACCUCCAAGUGCACCAGACUAGAUAAGGGUUCAUCUGAAUGACGCCCCCCCAGGCCCUGUUGCUCCCCCCAGGAAGUAAGUUUCAGGUGGGCUAAUCUGGAGGGAAAACCCCAUGUGCUUCGUUAUUUCAAGCCGUCAGAAUUCUGUCAAUAUUUGUUUGACUAAGUCAUUAUUUUAAAUGGCAAAGUCAAUAUUUGAUAAAAUUAUCAAUUCAGUCACUCAUAUUUAUUUAGCCCUGUUUAUAUAAUGUGCAAUACUCUUUUCUUGAUUGUUUGUUAUGGUUUCACAGAGCAUUAUAGAAGUGGUUACAUAAAGAAUGUCAAUAAAGAAAAUGGAUAAAGUUAAUGCUUAAUACAGGAUAUUGCCAGAGAGCACAUGUCUAUCAUGUUGUUGUUGUGGCCACUGCUACAGAGCUCUACUGAUUGUGUUCCUAUCUUACUGUAAAUCAAGUGUAUCCUCUCUAGGAUGGUAAGUUGUCCUGAGGGGCCCACUGGUGCGUGACAGUGGAGUGGUGUGGUGAGCUCUGGGAGUGCAGAGUAAAUCCAUAGGGCCUAUAAUCCUGCCCCCACUUGCUCUCAUUUUCCCUGUAAUCCCUGAGCCUGAUCCAGCCCAGUGUUCCGAGAAGCACCGAGCCCUACGUGUGUCAGUCAGGGUAGGCAGCAGCAGGCCUGCAGGGAGGUUCCUCAUGAUCCCUGGAGGUCACACACAGGUCACAGGUCCCGUCAUGGACUGGAGGUGGAUGGUGUUUACUGUAAACCUGUCAGGGCCAGGGGAGUGGGGGGAGCAUGGAGAAUGGGCUCUGAGCAUGUUGUUUUUCUCAAACUGUUAUGAAUGUUCAAAAAGUUGUGUUGGACAGGAUAAUGUGAUAUUUAUUUUAUUCCAAUGAUAAAAUGUACUAAGGCCAGAAAUAAAUAAAAGAUAACUAUAAAUAACUCCCUGUCUGUCUUCCUCCCUCUGUGUUCUGAAGGUUUAAUGACUCGUCAUUGAUGACAGUGACCCGCCGUCUAUCAGGGGACAGCGACUCCUCUACAGCCUCCUCUAAGGGAGGAGGAGGAGGGGCAGGGGGAGGCCGCUCAUCUCUGGGAGGCACCCGUCGCUCCGGAGAGGAGGUGGUCCUGCUGGUCAACAGGAAGGAGGGGAAGCAUUUGAUCAAAAGGCCUGGAGGAGGAGGUCAGAUCCCAGCCCUGUGCCCCCCAAUGCCCCGCGCACGCAGCCACUCCCGGGAACGCCCUGCCCCUGCCGCCAUCCUCAAACCCAGCCCCCCACAGGGCCCCUCUGACGGGCUCAGGACCAGUCGUGGGGACAGGGGCCGCUCUCUGGGGCCCGAAGGCCCCCGCAGGGUCCAGGCCUCGCGCUCCCACAGCCAGGGGAAGAUGCCCAGCCGGAGUCAGACCAGCGAUGCCAGCCAUGGAUCCUCUCCCCGUCACGGGGCCUCUCAGCCCCCAUCCUCUGACAGACGAGAGGAGCUGAGGGCCAAACAACUGCCCCCCGCCUCCCCCAGAAUCAGUGGAGGUUUUUCCAGGAGACAAUCGUCCUCCUGCUCUAAUUCACCUAUCAAAGGGCUUCAGAGCAGCAGCCCCAGUAAGAAGACUAUGGUGGCUCCCAGGCCCCCCGCUCCACGCUCCCCCUCGGUAGGGAAGAGUAGGCUGCUGCCCCCAGUCUCCCAGGCAGGCCGACGCUCUCCUCACUCCUCUUCCCCCCGCUCCUCUCACCACCAUGGGCGUGGACCCCGCUCCCCUCGAACCUCCCACGGCCCUCGCUCCAAUGGGCAUGGCCACAGGGGGUUGGCCGGCUCUGAGCGACAGGAACCCCAGGAGGAGGGGCUAGGUUAUAACUUCCAGAUGCUGCCCAAUCUGGACCCCCAGAAGGAGCAGGACCUGUACCGCAGCUUUGAGGCUGAGUUCCUGGCUAACACAGGGCAGGGGCCCAGUAGACCCACAGGGGGGGGCACCCUUCAGCUGCCCACCUCCUCACACCCACAGCAGGGGGUUGGGACUCAAAUCCUCCGCACACCUGCCUCUGCUGACCCUAACGUUACUGACUCGGCCUACUCCUCCUCCAAUUCCUCCACCUCCUCACUCAACGUGGGGGGGAAGAUAGGAGCUCUGCCUGACCUCCGGGAGUCCAAGAGAACUAACUCACAUUUCUGUGGAGGACUAGAGGAUACCCUGGCCCCACUGCAUGGCCAUAGCCCGGGCGGAUUAUCUAAUGGUGGGCACACAGAACCAGAGCGCUGGAGCGGGCGAGGUGGAGGUCUCAGGAAGCUCCCUGCCAUCUCCAGUUCCAUGGAGGAAGGGGAGCUCCUGUCCUCCUUUCCUGGCCGGAAAGACUCAGUACUGGGCAUACCUCUCAGCCAUACCCCCUCCCAACUUCCUUUUAACCCCAGGAGCAUGAAUGGGGGCCAUGUCAGUGGUGCUCCAGGAGAGGUGCUGAUGGAGAGCCAGCAGGGUCAGCUGGGCUGGGGCUCAGGGCCUGAGGGAGAUGUCCCUCUGGAGGAUCGCCAACCAAGCUUCCCCUACGACCUGGAGGAUGGAGACCCCAACGAUGACCUCCCUCCCCCAGAGUCUUGUCCCUCACCCAUCCCCCUGCCCCCCUCUAAGGACUGCUCCUUCCAGGAAGACUCCUCCAGUGAGAGCUCCUCCAUGUGCUUCAGCCUGAGUGAAUCACGCUCAGAGUCCUCUCCUCCACCUCCUUCCCUAGCCAAUAGGGAUGCUGUUGAUGGGAGUGUUGUCCUCCGGCCCAAGAGGGCAGGGAAGAAGGCUGACAGGGUGCCCUCCAUUUACAAGCUCAAGCUGAGGCCCCGGAUCAGACCCCGUACAGACAACCGGCCAGAGAACAGCCCGUCACGUAUCCCCACCCCAGUCAGCUACAGAGACCUGCAGGCCGGGGGCAACCUCACCCCCCUCCACACCCCCUCUCCACCACAGUCCCCUCAGAGCUCACAUUCCAACGGCCACCCAGCCUCACGCAAGGCCCUGCACCAGGCCUUCGGCGACCUAAUCCACCCCCAGUCAUGCUCCCCCGCCAUGGGCAGCACCUACUCCGUACAGUCAGGGAGUGGCCUGGACACUGAGGCCUGGAUGUAG